GGCACUUUCAAAAUGGCGGAGUGUGGAGCGAGCGGCAGCGGGAGCAGCGGGGACAGCCUGGACAAGAGCAUCACGCUACCCCCGGACGAGAUUUUCCGCAACUUGGAGAACGCCAAGCGCUUCGCCAUCGACAUAGGUGGAUCCUUAACCAAGCUGGCGUAUUAUUCCACGGUACAGCACAAAGUCGCCAAAGUGAGGUCUUUCGACCACUCGGGAAAGGACAUGGAGCACGACCAUGAGCCACCCUACGAGAUUUCUGUGCAAGAGGAGAUCACCGCACGGCUGCACUUUGUCAAGUUUGAGAACACUUACAUCGAAGCCUGCCUGGACUUCAUCAAGGACCACUUGGUCAACACAGAGACCAAGGUCAUCCAGGCGACGGGGGGUGGGGCCUACAAGUUCAAGGACCUUAUCGAAAAGAAGCUGCAGCUGAAGGUGGACAAGGAAGACGUGAUGACGUGCUUGAUAAAGGGGUGCAACUUCGUGUUGAAGAACAUCCCGCACGAGGCCUUCAUGUACCAGAAGGAUUCUGACCCCGAGUUCCGGUUCCAGAUAAACCACCCCAACAUCUUCCCCUACCUGCUUGUCAACAUUGGUUCUGGGGUCUCCAUCGUGAAGGUGGAGAGUGAGGACAGAUUCGAGUGGAUUGGCGGCAGCUCCAUCGGAGGCGGCACCUUCUGGGGGCUCGGGGCCCUGCUCACCAAAACAAAGAAGUUCGAUGAGCUGCUGCAGCUGGCCUCCCAGGGCCAGCAUGCCAACGUGGACAUGCUGGUGCGGGACGUGUAUGGUGGGGCGCACCAGACCCUGGGGCUGAGCGGCAGCCUCAUCGCCAGCAGCUUCGGGAAGUCGGCCACGGCCGACGGAGAGUUCUCCAAGGAGGACAUGGCCAAGAGCCUGCUGCACAUGAUCAGCAACGACAUCGGGCAGCUGGCCUGCCUGUACGCCAGGCUGCACCGCCUGGACCGCGUGUACUUCGGGGGCUUCUUCAUCCGCGGCCACCCAGUGACCAUGCGCACCAUCACCUACAGCAUCAACUUCUUCUCCAAGGGGGAGGUGCAGGCGCUGUUCCUGAGGCACGAGGGCUACCUGGGAGCUAUCGGCGCAUUCUUAAAGGGAGCCGAGCAAGACAAUCCCAAUCAGUACAGCUGGGGCGAGAACUACGCCGGCAGCUCUGGGCUCAUGAGCACGUCGCCUGAGCUGGGUCCCACGCCGCGGGCCAGGAGCGGCACGUUUGACUUGCUGGAAAUGGACCGACUGGAGAGACCACUGGUCAGCCUGCCCCUCCUACGGGACCCGUCCUCCUAUGUGCCUGACACAGUGGACCUCACCGAGGAUGCCCUGGCUCGCAAGUAUUGGCUUACCUGCUUCGAGGAGGCCCUGGACGGGGUCGUGAAGCGGGCUGUGGCGAGCCAGCCGGAUUCUGCGGAUGCAGCUGAGAGAGCAGAGAAGUUCCGACGGAAGUACUGGAACAAGCUGCAGACGCUCAGACACCAGCCCUUUGCUUACGGGACCCUGACUGUGCGCAGCCUGUUGGACACAAGGGAGCACUGUCUGAACGAGUUCAACUUCCCAGACCCCUACUCCAAGGUGAAGCAGAAGGAGAACGGCCUGGCGCUGAAGUGCUUUCCCGGCGUGAUCCGCUCCCUGGACGCACUGAGCUGGGAGGACAGGCAGCUGGCCCUGGUGAAAGGCCUCCUGGCCGGAAAUGUCUUCGACUGGGGGGCCAAGGCUGUGUCUGAUGUCCUGGAAUCCGAUCCCCAGUUUGGGUUUGAGGAAGCAAAGAGGAAGCUACAAGAGCGACCGUGGCUUGUGGAUUCCUGCAGCGAGUGGCUCCAGAGAUUGAAGGGGCCCCCUCAUAAAUGUGCCUUAAUUUUCGCAGAUAACAGUGGAAUAGACAUCAUUUUGGGAGUCUUCCCCUUUGUCAGGGAGCUACUCUUUAGAGGGACAGAGGUCAUCCUGGCGUGCAACUCAGGCCCCGCCCUGAACGACGUUACCCACAGCGAGUCCCUCAUCGUGGCCGAGCGCAUCGCAAGCAUGGACCCCGUUGUGCACGCUGCCCUCCGGGAAGAGCGGCUGCUGUUGGUGCAGACGGGCUCCAGCUCCCCGUGCCUGGACCUCAGCCGCCUGGACAAGGGGCUGGCCGUGCUGGUGCGGGAGCGUGGCGCCGACCUGGUGGUCAUUGAGGGCAUGGGCCGUGCCGUUCACACCAACUACCACGCGGCCCUGCGCUGCGAAAGCCUCAAGCUGGCUGUCGUCAAGAACUCCUGGCUGGCCGAGCGACUGGGCGGCCGGCUCUUCAGCGUCAUCUUCAAGUACGAGGUCCCGGCCGAGUGAGGCUCCGGCAGGCUGCCGAGGACCAGGAACGCGUCUUCCCACCACAGGAAACUGCGUCCGCACCAGAGUAUUUAUCUUGUGCUGCUGUGACCUGGCGCGUGCGCCCAGCCAGACACACCGGCAUGACGGGACACGCAGCUCUGUCCUAAGACAUUUGCGUUGGAAUAUAUUUAACUGUUAAAUAGUCUUUUAUAUAUAUAUAAAUAUAUCAACACACA